AUGCAGGCCAUUUCGAGGCGUUUAGGGCACCAAUCUCUGAAGCCAUCAGCUUCACUAUCUUCUUUCAAAUCAAUUUACCCUGUCUCCGAUCACUGUAAUCCUCCGUAUCAUGGAGCUGAUCAUCAACGAUACGGAUCUACUCUCGCUACCAAAGGUGUAGGCCACCUUGUUCGCAAGGGCACUGGUGGAAGAUCCUCUGUCAGUGGAAUUGUUGCUACGGUGUUUGGAGCUACGGGGUUCCUUGGUCGAUAUGUUGUGCAACAACUUGCAAAAAUGGGUUCUCAAGUGUUAGUUCCUUUCAGAGGUUCUGAAGACGAUCCUCGCCACCUCAAGUUGAUGGGUGAUUUGGGUCAGAUAGUACCAAUGAAAUACAACCCAAGAGAUGAGGAUUCCAUUAAGGCUGUAAUGGCAAAGGCCAAUGUUGUUAUUAAUCUUAUUGGAAGGGAUUACGAGACAAGAAACUACAGUUUUGAGGAGUUGAACCAAGGCAUGGCCGAACAACUUGCGAUGAUUUCUAAAGAGCAUGGCGGUAUAAUGAGAUUUAUUCAAGUUUCUUGCUUAGGAGCAUCUGCGUCAUCUCCAUCAAGAAUGUUAAGAGCUAAGGCUGCUGGAGAGGAAGCUGUUUUGAGAGAAAUGCCUGAGGCAACAGUCAUGAAACCUGCUGUGAUGAUUGGUACAGAGGAUCGUAUUUUGAACCGGUGGGCCCACUUUGCAAAAAAAUAUUCGUUUCUUCCACUCAUUGGAGAUGGAUCUACCAAAAUCCAACCUGUAUAUGUUGUUGAUGUUGCUGCUGCAAUUAUUGCAGCCUUGAAAGACGAUGGCAGCAGUAUGGGAAAAGUAUAUGAGCUUGGUGGGCCAGAAAUCUUUACCUUGCAUGAAUUGGCAGAGAUGAUGUAUGACAUGAUUCGUGAAUAUCCUCGCUAUGUGAAAGUUCCAUUUCCCAUUGCCAAGGCGCUUGCAAUGCCACGAGAAAUAUUGCUUAAUAAGGUUCCAUUUCCCUUGCCCACUCCAAACAUGUUCAACCUAGAUGAGAUCAAUACCCUUACUGUGGAUACAGUCGUCUCAGAAAAUGCGUUAACAUUCAGUGAUUUUGGGAUUGUACCACAUAAGCUGAAGGGAUACCCUAUUGAGUUUCUUAUCUCAUAUCGUAAGGAUGAAGUGUUGUUAAUUGUUUGGAAAGGUCAAACGCUUGGUGACUUGAGUCGGUCGGAGCUGGCUGUUACUAAGACUAUACACGCUGUUGCUGUGACCAAACUAUCAAGAUCAGUCAAGAGUCUCAUGGCCCCAGAAAGCAGCCAUGGCUCGUUUAAUCGAGUCAACUUAGAAGGAAGAAAUGUUGGGGCUGCAAUGUCCCUCCGUCAUGGCGUCAAGGAUGAACCUCAAGAUAGUUAUUGCAUUAACAUUUUCAUAAACAACAAUGUUCAAGGGGUUAACAAUUCCAUUCUGCUUGGAAGUGAGGUGAGUAUGAGAGAUCCUGGAGUUAGCAUCUUUUUGGAAGACGUGAAGUUGAAAUCAAAGAAAAACGGAAGACAUAAAGUGGAUGCAUCAGGUUCUAAGCUCUGGUUUCUGGGGAUGAUUGUGUUAGCAUUUAUUUUGUUCAUAUUUUUGUUAUUGUCAUAG